AUGGCCUAUCUCAUAGGCGCUCUCGCCGCCAUGGCUACCUCUGCGAUGGCCUUUGAUUGCACACGCGAAAACCUGCAGAGCACAGCAGAUUCCUACGUCGACCUAAUGGCAACGGGCCAGCAUGACCGCUUCGAAAAUCUCGCAUACUCAAUGAAGUACUUUGAAAAUAAUAAAACAGCCUCAAUCCUCAGCGGUAUACCAGCACUUGGCCUAACCAUCGACGCUCACCGCUCAAUCCUCGAUACCACGCAAUGCAAGACGAUGACCGAGCUCAUCAUCACUGACCCAACACAUCCAUAUGUCAUCCACACCCAAAUGACUCUAGACACUGAAGGCAACGUCAACCUCAUCGACAGCAUCGUAACAGACAAAGGCGACUGGGCCUUCAAUGCAACCGGCUACAAAUACUGGAACGACCAAGAAUCCUGGCCCCGCCUCCCUUCAAACGUGCGCGACACCCGCGAAGUCGUCAAAGCAGCUGGCGAUGCAUACGCAGACCGCUGUAAUGAUGUUACAGUUCACGUUCCCUUUGGUGUACCUUGCGCCCGUCUCGAAGGCGGCGCGUAUACAGGUCGCGGAAACCUUUCGGCGAACACGUGCGAUAUUGGAGGCCUUCCAGAACAUAUCCCGAUGACGAAUCGGAAGUAUGCUAUUGAUGAGGUGAUGGGUGUUGUGGACAUUUUUAUGGGGUUUACGGGGUUGGAUCGUACAAGGAAUACGGAGGGAGCGCCAGAUAGUCAUAUGUUUCGCGUUGAAGGUGGAAAGAUUCGAUAUAUUCAUACGGCGAGUGCGUGUUUUGUUGAUGGGUGUGGAAUGAAUGGUACUGGCAUCCCACCGGGUAUCGGGCGUCGGAAAUUGCGUCACCGGGCGGUCAAGCUAGAGUAA